AAGUAAUCCAAAAACAUCUGGCAAUCCAGUAAGACUUAGAUGUAUGCGUACUCUCGGCACCUCCCCUUCCUGUUAUUGGUCUGUGCUUAAAUGCUGGUGCUUCCAAACUUUUUCUCUUGUUUUGAAAGCUCAGAGAACCAGAGAAGACAAAAGAAGCAUGGUGAUUCCUACAGGCACGGCUGUCCACAAGCAGCCCACCCAGGUGGUGACAGUCGUCAGGACCGUUGAAAACUCUGGCCAAUGGAGCACCGACCUCUGUGAUUGCUGCUCUGAUAUGGAGAGCUGUUGCUGUGGCCUUUGCUGUUUCCCCUGCAUGCAGUGUGAUGCAGCCAAUAAACAUGGAUGGUGCUGUGCAAUGCCACUCCUGGACGUUUGUGGUGUGGUGUCCUGCUUACUCCGUGGCUCCAUCAGAGAGCGCCACAACAUCGAAGGCUCGUUCACUGAUGACUGCUGUAAAGUGUGCUUUUGUUACCCGUGUGUUUGGGGCCAGAUGCAUCGUGAGCUGAAGAUCAGGGAAAACAAGUAGCCCACCACCUCGACUGUGAUCAGCACGCAAGUCGUCUGUGGAUACGAUGCAAACAUUUUGGCUGUGUGAUGAGAGGCUAUGACUUUUUCAGGCCAAUAAAAUCCUUUAAUUUUA